GCGCAAGGCUAAGCAGCCGACUCGUUAGGAGUCCGGGUAGGGAAACGGAGCGGGAGCCCUUCUCUCAAAGCGAACAGAGAACGACUGGGCGUCCGUAGCAGCCGGCCUGGGUGAGAGGCGGAGAAGGACUAACAGGAAGGAGGGUAUCCGAUCACCACCAGCAACGUUAGCCCCGGCUCAGAGUGGGCUUCUUGGGGAGAACAGAAUGAAGAAAUAGAAGAUCUAAAUUCAAAAGCAUCCCGCCAGGAGAAGGGCCGGUCGCUGCAGAGACGCUGCUCCCCUGGUCGAUUUCCGAGGGGAAAAGGGUCUGUGGGCUAAGGGAUGUUUGGAGAGCGCCAUUCACGCCUCCGGCCCUGCUAUUCCGACCCUUACAGCCACCGCCGCCGCCGUCGCCGUCGCCGCUGUUUCUCCUCCUGUUCUCUCCCCGGCUCGCCGCCGCCGAAGCUUCCUCUGCAUCCCCUCCUACCGCUGCCUCCCCCCGCCCCCCCGCGUUGCUCCAGCCGCAGGUUACAGCAGCGCAUAGCACACCCCCGGCCCACUGCGCCCCGGGCCACCAGGCUUGGCGCCCCGUUCCGCUCGGCUCGCCGCCGGCAUCCUCUGCCGGGGGCGCAGAGGAAAGAGCCGGGCAGAGGCGCAGUCGCCGUUCUUGGAGGGGGCGGACUGGCGGCCAGGGGGAGCCUUCGGUCCCCUUCCUCACCUAAAAUUGUGGCCGCUCUCACUCCUACCCCAGACCACCUUGUGCAGUGGCCACUCGCCCCCACCUCUGCCCGGAACUCGGUACUGCGUGUCCCCUUUACUGAUCCCUGCACCCCCACCCGCCUAUUCCCUCCCCCUCUCUCUCUUUUGUAUCCCCCCCAUCACCCCCCUCCUCGCAUUCAACCCAACUUCAACCUCAGCAAGCUGCCCCCGCCCCCUGGCUCCGCGUGAUUGGCCAUUUCUUGAGCUGUCACACUAAAGUCCGGUGCUCUUAUUGGGCGAUUCCAGGCCGGGCGUCUGUGCCAAUGGAGGGGCUCACAGAGGCGGGGAGCCCGGGUUGCGACAGCGGGAAGGAUCUGGGAGGGGAGAGUCUUUACGCUCUGGAAGGGGCCAAAGGAGCGCGAGAGGCUAGACUCUGAGAGAGGUGGACGCAAAAAGAGGAAAGAGAGAUGAAGAGGGAUGGAGACACAGGAAGGCACUUUUGCUGCUGACUGGUUGCAUCCUGCAAGGGGGAGGAUCGGAGAACGUAGGCAAAGAGCAGACAGCCACAACCCCAAGCCAGCUCGCACUCAGGGCAGCUGGGACCAGAGCUAGCUCAGGGCACUGAACACUAGACGAGGAGAGCAACUGUAGAGACAAGAGGGUAGGAAGCAGAAACAACAGUUGGAUCCUGGGAAGGAGAGAUCCUGGCAAGGAGAGGUGUCAGGCCCUUAAGGCCAGAAAGUAUCUGCCUUGUUGGUCUUUUGAUAAAGAAGUGGUUCACACACAUACAUCACACCACAGCCCCUCUGGACAUCUAGGCAUUAUUGUCUUGUUGCAUUUUCUCCCGUUUUCACCCGUCGUCGGGAGGCAGAGGGGCAGCCCAUGCAGGUGAGAAGCAUUGCCCACCAAUACUUCCCUUUUUCUAUUCCUCAGAGCUAAUGUGUUUCCUGUUCACCCCUCAUCCCAGACCUCCCUUUGGGCAGUGGAUAGUAAGUAUUCACAAAAUGGGGAACAGGAAGAAAUCUGAAAGACUAAUCUGCAACCUUAAUCAACUGUCGCUCACUGUCUAUUCUAAAAGAUGGUACCCUAGACUACAGGUGGAAGCUAGAAUUAAUGCAAUUUUUACUGAAAUUACCCAGACCAUCCUUUCCAGGACUGGAGUUCCUUAAACCAAGACUGCUGACAGUCUCUUCCUGACUCUCCUCUAAUACAGAAGAAACACUUGACUGGAGAAAUGAUUGGGACUGAAAAUCAGGUCCCCAAAUUUCUUUUACUGGUCUAAGCCAGGCACCCUUGAAACAGGAAACAAAGGUGAAAAUUUAAAAAUAAAUCCAAAAAGCAAGAUGGUUGAAGUUUGUUUAUGUGGUUGGCAUACAUUAGCAAUUACCAUAGGACCCUGCAUUUUCUAUUUCAUAUUGUCAUGGGCAGCAGUUACCCACCACAUUAACUCAAGGCAAGAGACGUUUCUUCCAUCACAAUGUGACUUCACUUUUUUUCCUCCUUUUCUAUACCUGAGUCCCAAGAUCCUUCCCCUUACCCAGACUGGCAAUUCCUCUUUUUCAACUACCUUUCCCCUUUUAAUCACAUAAUAUAUUGGUAUAUUUUGACCUUUGUACUUCUCCAUAGCUCCUGGUCAGCCAUUACCCAGGGCAGGAAAACAACAUAAACAGAUAACCGAGUUUAACUUCAUAAUACCUUAAACAAAAUCUUUAAAAAGCUCAUUUCUUGCAACUAUUUCAUAAGACAUGGAGGAAAAGGCGCUUUUAGCUUCCAGGGAUGGUGAACACUAAGACUUGUUUCAUAUUACUCCCCCUAAUCUAUGCUGCAUUCCAGCCAAACAGAACAAACCAGAGUAGUUGUUCCACAAAGUCAACAUUCCAUCCCCUGCAUCCAGCCAUUUGAAUAAACUAUUCUGUAUUCCUAGAAUGUUUUCCUUCUCCACCUUCAGAUCUUAAGAAUCCUUAUCUUCCUAAUACGCUCACCUGAGGUGAAGCUUUCCCUGUCCCUCCAGUAGUUAAUGCCCUCUCCCUUCUCCAAUUACCUUACAUUUACUUAUCUGUGCACGUAUUAUAUUCUCCCAGGAGAAAGUCAGCUUUUUGAAGGCCAGGACUGUCUCAUUUUUGCCUUUGUAUUCAGUACUUUGCAAAUAGUGGAUAUUCAUAUAUUUGUUGAAAUGUUAAAAUAACAGCUGAAACAGAGGCUUGAGAAAGAGGGAAGAUGUCAGUCGGGGUGAAUCCCAGCUGAGACUUGCUCAGUGCUGUAAUAACCAUAUAAUACAUAUACUGAAAAAGUUUUUACCUCCUUAUUUCUCUUAAGUAGAUCUUAGUCAACUAUCCAGCCAGGGCAAAACAAGCAAACAAACAAAUAAAAAACCCAAAACUUACUGACCUAAAUCUCAGAUACCUUGCCCUCCUUUAUUAUCUAUUUAUUUUUAAUAUUCUUUUCUUC